UUUUGGGAUAAAUAAGGAGAAAAAAAGCCCCAGAAAGCCUACGAAAAGUUCCUCGUGACGCUGUACGCAAAUUGCUGCAUUAACAUAGCUUAGCUUUAAAUUAAAGCGUCAAAAAAGAAGAAACAAAAGUUUCUUGCAACAACCCUUUUUUUUUUUUCUCUUUCCUACUGUUUUCCAUUUCUAGGAAAACAACACCAAAGAGAAGAGAAAAUGAGAGAAAAAGUACCCAUAUAAAUAUAUUCAUCAAAAGAAACAAAUAAGAUUGUAGUAUAACGUAAAUUAGAUAGAGAAAGAGAUCAAGGAAGAUGUUGGUUUUCUAUUUGAUCUCGUUGCCGUUAACAAUGGGGAUGGUUAUUCUGACUUUGAAAUAUUUUGCGGGUCCAGAUGUUCCUACCUACGUCUUCUUCACCGUUGGUUAUACCUGGUUUUGUUCGUUCUCCAUCAUUAUCCUCGUCCCUGCUGAUAUAUGGACGACAAUAGUUGAUCAUUCCAGUGGAGGGAUAUCUUUCUUUUGGAGCCUGUCCUAUUGGAGUACAUUUUUGCUGACUUGGGCUGUGGUGCCUACUAUUCAGGGUUAUGAAGAUGCUGGAGAUUUCACCAUGGCAGAAAGAUUGAAGACUAGCAUACAUGGAAAUUUAGUCUUCUACCUCUGCAUUGGUUCUAUUGGACUUGUUGGACUCAUUUUAUUCAUUAUUUUCCGCAAAAAUUGGAGUGGAGGCAUUCUUGGUUUUGCCAUGGCUUGCUCCAAUACUUUUGGGCUCGUCACUGGUGCAUUUCUUCUUGGCUUUGGUCUUAGCGAAAUCCCAAAGGGCAUUUGGAAGAAUGUCGAUUGGACUGUCAGCCAGAAGGUUCUCUCGCACAAAGUUGCUAAAAUGGCUGUUAAACUUGAUGAUGCUCAUCAAGAAUUUUCAAAUGUGAUUGUUGUUGCUCAGGCGACAUCAAAUCAGAUAUCGAAGCGUGAUCCUUUACGACCGUACAUGAAUAUUAUUGAUAGCAUGUUGCAUCAAAUGUUAAAAGAAGAUCCCUCCUUCAAACCUCAAGGUGGGAGGUUUGGGGAGAAUGAUAUGGACUAUGAUACUGAUGAGAAAUCAAUGGCGACACUUAGACGCCGGCUUAGGAUAGCUAGAGAGGAGUACUGUCGGUAUCGAAGUGAAUAUAUGAGCUUUGUCUUGGAAGCCCUUGAGCUGGAAGAUACAGUCAAAAAUUAUGAGCGCCGUGAUGCAACUGGAUGGAAAUUUAUUUCAAGCUUCAGGCCUGAACGAAAGGGUAGACUAGGGGCUUCUCUUGAUAUGCUUGAGUUCAUUUGGCGUUGUGUUCUAAGAAAGCAACUGGAGAAACUCUUGGCUAUUAUUCUGGGUUGCAUGUCAGCUGCACUUCUUUUAGCAGAGGCUACCAUAUUGCCCAAUGGAGUUGAUUUAUCUCUUUUCUCCAUUCUCAUAAACUCUGUGGGAAAGCAGGAAAUGCUUGUGCAGGUUGCCGCUUUCAUCCCUCUGAUGUAUAUGUGUGUCUGCACCUAUUAUUCCUUGUUCAAAAUUGGAAUGCUGAUGUUCUACUCAUUCACACCAAAACAAACAAGCUCAGUCAGUUUGCUUAUGAUAUGCUCGAUGGUUGCACGAUAUGCUCCACCAAUUUCAUACAACUUUCUCAACCUUAUCCAUCUCCCUGGUAAUAGGAAAACCAUCUUUGAGAAGAGAAUGGGGAACAUAGAUGAUGCUGUCCCUUUCUUUGGUAAAGGAUUCAAUAAAAUUUAUCCUCUCAUCAUGGUUAUAUACACACUCUUACUUGUGACAAACUUCUUUGACCGGGUCAUUGAUUAUUUCGGGAACUGGAAACUAUUCAAGUUUCAAGAUGAAGUUGAUGAUACAGAUGGAUUUGAUCCCUCAGGACUAAUUAUCUUGCAGAAAGAACGGUCUUGGCUUGAGCGAGGGCAUAAAGUUGGUGAGCAUGUUAUUCCAUUGGCAAGGAAUUUCAACGGCAUGAGCAUUGAAAUUGAACCUGGCAGCAAUAAAACAGAUAAGGCUGUUACAGAUACAAGUGUACAAAGUGCCAUUGAAAUUGGAAAAGGGGAUCAACUUAAACCUCUGAAAGAAGAGGCUCAACAUGACACAAGCAAAGAAGCCAUUAGCAAGAAAUAUUUUGGAAUAAGGGCACACCAGAACAUACAAGCAUCCAACAAGAAUUCAACUCAAAAGGACUUGACAUCCUUAACAGUUGAUGCUGGCAACUCUGAAAGUGCAAUGACACCACCAAUACCAUCAGGGGGAUUAGCCUCAAAAUGGGAAUCAAUGAAAUCUGGUCUUCUAAAUUUCAAAUCUAACUUGGAAGCAAAGAAAUUCCUCCCUUUACGACAGACUCGAGAAAAUACAAUGUCCUCCGGUGCAUCCUCGUCUGAAUCUCUUGAUGAAAUUUUCCAAAGAUUGAAACGACCAACUCUGGACCUUAGAGACUAUGGUGCUGAGAAUGAUCUUUUUGAACAUGACUAGGAAUUCAGGAAAUUUGGUCCAUCUGGAUAGUCGUACUGCACAUAUAAACAUAGCUAUUCCUGGAACAGACUUAGCAGAAGACUUGUUCAUUUCACACCAAGUCUAAAAGAUGUGUGUUUCUGAGGCAAGCUGAAUGCCAACUAUAAUACAAUUUACAUCACCUACAGCAGUAAAGCAGCGUUCAGUGUCUACCAAAGCCACACAAUUUUGCUACUACUCUCCUUCUCAAGAAAGAAAACAGUUAAAACUGCAGAUACCAUAUGCAAUCCAAGGGAUACUGUACACUUGUGAUAGUAAACAUUAUAAGGUUGAUCACUGAUUAUGAAUGUUUGCAUAUUAUUUGUUGAAUCGAAUAUAUUUAAAUUUUUAUAAAUUAAUACUUA